CACACACACCAAUACAUGAAGUGCAGCAAAACUCAUAGAAGAUCACUCAUAAAACCACGGUGAUUGGCCUCUCUCUAGCAUCAUCCCAGAAACUCCCAUAUGUCAAAGACCUCAUUUUUCGCAACAAACUGUUGAAAAUGAAGAGGCCCAACGGCAGAGCCAUUUCCGCUAACGGCGGCGCCACCUCCGCCCCAGAGCGGAAAUGCGGCUUCAACCCCAUGAAUCUGAUGGGUGUGUUGGCCGCCUUGGUGAUGGCCCUCUCCGUCUUGUUCUCGGUCUCCGUCGUGCUCCGCGACCCGCCGUCGGACGGGCUCUGGACCGUCGUCGAAGCCCGGAAUCUUGAUUUUGCCCAUCAUCAAAAAGCCAUACUAGAGGAAAACAGUCAUGCUCAGCCUGUUGAGGUGCCUAAGGAUAAGCUGCUCGGCGACCUUCUCCCUUCCGGAUUUGACGAAAGGUCUUGCCAGAGCCGGUACCAGUCCCUCCUGUAUCGCAGGGGAGUGCCUCAGAAAGCGUCUUCUUACCUCAUAUCCAAGCUAAGAAGCUAUGAAGCCCGACAUAAGAAAUGUGGACCUUACACGAGCUCAUACAACAAAACAGUCGAAGAUCUCAAAUCUGGCAGACACUCGAGCACACCAGAAUGCAACUACCUCGUCUGGAUAUCCUUCAGUGGAUUGGGGAAUAGGAUCUUGACGCUCGCCUCUGCUUUCCUUUACGCUCUCCUGACUGACAGAGUCCUCCUCGUUGACAGGGGAGUCGACAUUCACGAUCUUUUCUGCGAGCCCUUCCCAGAGGCCUCCUGGCUACUGCCAUUGGACUUUCCCCUGACAAACGAGUUCAGUAGCUUCAACCAGGGCACGCAUCAGAGCUACGGGAGCGUGGUGAAGAGCAACUCCACUGAAUCAGCGCCAAGGCCGUAUAUGUAUCUCCAUCUGCUUCAUGACUACGACGAUCAAGACAAGCUUUUCUUCUGCGAUCAAGAUCAAGCACACCUGCAGAGGAUCCCAUGGUUGGUAAUGAAGUCCGAUAACUACUUCGUUCCAUCCCUUUUCCUGAUGCCCUCGUUCGCGCAGGAGCUCCACAGCCUCUUUCCGGAUAAGGAUAGCGUGUUCCACUUCUUGGGGCGUUAUCUCUUCCACCCGACAAACACAGUGUGGGGGCUUAUAAGCCGAUACCAUGAAGCUUAUCUGUCAAAGGCUGAUGUCACAGUAGGAAUUCAAGUAAGGGUAUUUGAUGUCUCACCUGGUCCAUUCAAGCACAUAUUAGAUCAGGUUCUGUCUUGCACGACGAGGGAGAAUAUACUCCCGGAGGUCAGCCAGCAAGAAGGAGGCGUCGUUGGCUCAUCCACUAAGCAGAAGACUCGAGUAUCAGUGCUGAUCACCUCUCUGACAUCCGGCUACUUUGAGCAAAUAAGAGACCUGUAUUGGGAGAAUCCAACCACGGCCGGGGAGGUGGUUGCAGUGUUCCAACCGAGUAAUGAAAUGCUUCAGCAGUCGGAGAAGCAGAACCACAACCGGAAGGCGUGGGCUGAGAUGUAUCUGCUGAGCCUAACGGACAAACUGGUGACGAGUUCUUGGUCGACGUUUGGCUAUGUGGCUCAGGGGCUUGGAGGGGUGAAGCCGUGGAUACUCCACAAGUCUGACAACCAUACGGUGCCUGAUCCACCGUGUAGACGAGCCAUGUCGAUGGAGCCGUGCUUCCAUGCUCCCCCGUUCUACGACUGCAAGACGAGGAGAGGGAUCGAUACGGGCGCUGUGGUGCCUCAUGUUAGGCAUUGUGAGGAUAUGAGCUGGGGUUUGAAGCUGUUUCAGCACCACAGUCAAUGAGUAACUGUUUGUAAAUUGAUAAUGGAAUAAAUUAUUGCAGCAAUGGAGAAGAGGCUGAAGAUUAGAAUAAAUAGGAGAGAGAUU